AUGGCGCCGCUUAGCAAGCGCUCCGCCACCCAUGACGACCUGACGUCACCCGGAGGCGGCGCUGUCGACCUCUCCUCUUUCAUGCGCGGCGAGCUUUUGCGCGCUGGCAUUCUCGAGACCGGCUCGCGUGGCCACCGCGGCCCAAGCAACUCUUCCGAGCGCUCCUCUCGCACGAAUUCGACCGAGCGCUCAUGGUCGCAUCCAUCAUCGGUCGACCGAGACCCGACCCGCUCCAAGGUCCGCGUCAAGGUCAAGGACAAGGACAAGGACAAGCGGAAGGACAAGGCUAAGGCUAAGCGGAAAGACAAGGUCAAAGACAAGGCCAAGCGGAAGGACAAGGUCAAAGACAAGGCGAAAGCCAGGGCCAAGGACAAGGACAAGGACAAGGCCCGGUCCAAGUAUCGCGAAAAGGAUAGAGCCCGCGGCAAAGACAAGGCCCGUGACCCUGGACGCGAGACAGAACCCGACCGCCCACGCCGUCGCAUCAAGGUCAAAGGCACCAAGUCGUCGUCCGACAUGGUGAGCCACGAAGUCUCGCUUCAGCAGGCCUCGAUUGCCCGGACCGACAUAGGCUCGUCGGUGGGCCUGAGCAAGUACUCGUCCGGUGACCGGUCGUCGUGUGGCGCGCUUUCACGCGCCACAUCUCGAGGCUCGGUCGCGUCAGCCUCGACCGAGCCCGACUCGCCGUCUGUCGUCUGUAGCCCGUUCCCCGACGUCAACAUUGUCGGCGCAUCGACGCCCACUCUCAACCCAGACCCGGUUACGCCUGUCGAGCGGGCCAACACCCACGACGGACUCGGUGCCGACUGGGAAGCCGCAGUCCGCGCCGCCGCCGCGUCUGGCGCUGAGGACAACAGCACGCUCGAGCCCAAGUCGCUCCGCGACUCGAUGACAAAAUCCAAAUCGUGGUCGAGCGGGCUCGAGCCUGGCAAGGGCAGCCACUCUGAAGCCCGAGUCGACGAGUACCUCGUCCUCGAGCCUCUCGCGUCAGGCACCUCGGGCUCGGUCUACCUCACCCGCCAUCGCCAGACCGGCAAGAUGGUGGUCAUGAAGAAGAUCAACAUGUCGUCGUUCACCGCCAAGGAUGCGCUCUGCGCCGCGCUCGAGGUCCAGGCCCUUGGCGAGCUCACCCACCCGCACAUUGUCAAGCACUACGAGUCGUUUGUCCACGACAAAGUCCUCCACAUUGUCAUGGAGCACGUCGAACUCGGCGACCUCGACUCGCGCAUCAAGGAGCAGCGCGCAACGCAAAUGUACUUUUCCGAGAGGACCGUCCUCACAUGGUUUGCCCAGCUGGUCGCCGCCCUCGACUACUGCCACGCCAACAAGUACCUCCACCGCGAUAUCAAGGCACCGAACGUCAUGAUCGCAGCAGACAACACCCUUCGCCUCGCAGACUUUGGCCUCUCGGCCGAGCUCGAGACCGAGUCAUCCAUGCGCCAGACUCGCGUCGGCACGCCCUACUACAUGUCCCCCGAGCUCUGUCAGGGCCUCUCGUACACCCAGAAGAACGACAUCUGGGGCCUCGGCACCCUCCUCUUCCGUAUGUGCGCCCUCACGUACCCGUUCAAGGCUGCCGACCUCCAGUCGCUAUUGGAAACCAUCGUUGACCGCCGCACUCCCGACAUCCCCGAGUGCUACUCGGUGGAACUCUCCGACCUUGUCCAAGCCAUGCUCGCCAAGGACCCGAAUGAGAGACCCACGGCGUCGGAAAUCCUCCGCCUCGACUUUCUUCAACCCUAUCUUGACCCUGUUCGCCAACGCGAAGAGGCGCAUUGGGCAUCGUCGUUCAACGCCUCCAUCACCGUCCCGGCCUCGACCCCACCGGCAACCGUGGCCAACGCUCUGCUGAGACUCGCCGACGAGGACACAGCAGAGACCGCCGCUGCACAGCUCGCUGCCCUCGCCACUGAUCCGGGGCUCACCUCGACUCGUGCCGGCCUGCUGCUUGGCAUGCUUGCCGCACGGAUGGAUGCAACUAUGGCCCGCAAACAGGCGCUAGUGGUUGUAGAGGGUUUGGCAGAGGCGCAUCCGUCCUUUGCACGUACGCUGGCGAGCAAGGUCAUGGCCGUACUUGUUGCUCGCAUCCAAGAGGGCGAUGCUCAACUGGCCGAGGCCAUCGCGGCUACUGUGAGCAUUCUCGGUGAGUACGCGGUUGUCCCGCUCGACAGCAGUGCACCAGAAACCUCAGGCAUUGCGCCAUAUCUGGCGCCGCUCCUCUCACAGCUGGUCACCCUCAACGUCAGCGUCCAUCGUGGAGCUGGCGCCGCCAUCGCCGCGCUCAUCGGCUCGGUCUCGGCGGCCGUGCUAAAGGCCGAAAUGCCCAAAAUAGGGCUCAAGGUGCUAGACCUCAUCUCGUCGACCGCGUCGCUGCUGGCGGUGGAGCCGCUGUUUGAGGCCGCGGGCAAGCUGGUUGACGUGCUCGGCGACGCGCUCAUUCCGUGGAUCCCGGCAUACCUCACCGCCCUUGUCAACGCGCUGGCGCUCGACGAGUGGCAGGCGCGGCGUGCUGCCGCCGGCGCGCUCAUUGUCUUUGCGCUCCGCAUGGGGCCGGCACUCUCGGUCAUUGCGCCAGACAUGAUUGUCCACCUCGAGCGUCACAAGUUUGACAAGUUCCGCAAGGUCCGCGAGCUAGUCGGCGUCGCGCUGGCUCUUUUCCGCGACUUGCCUGGACCCGACGGCAUGCCGCCCGAGCCGGUUGAUCCCGACGCGCUUCUUGGAGGAACCGAGUGGACCGUCGGCCUUGGCGCGCGCCACGUCCACCCGUACUGGGCCACCCGCGCACCGCUUGGCUCGUCGGCCUCGCUGCCCGGCCACGUCUCGAUGUCGGCAUCGUUUGCUAACACUUCUCUCCGUCGAUUUCAGACGCCCGGGAAGCGGACGCCAGCAGCCUCGCGCUCAGUUCACCGCGUCGGUCGGGUGGCACGGACACCGCUCGCCGACCCGCUUUUCAAGCCGCUCUCGCCGGUCCCGUCCGCACCGCCGCAAGUCUCCCGGACCGGUGUCGACUUGAGUCUUCUCGCGCGUGACUCCGACUCAGUCGCGCCACACCCGGAUCUCAACCUCUCGCAGGCUGUCCUCGAUCGGCUCGAGGAGCAGCAGGCGGCGCAGGCCGAGCUCUCGCGCCAGGUCCAGGCCCUGCUCAACCUGCAGGUCGCACAAGAAAAGCGGUACGCAAGCCAGGCAGAGGAAAUGCAGAGCUUGCGGGAGUCGACAGCAGCGCUGGAGACUUCGAUGCACCAUGGUAGUCGCCCGGUCAGCCGGGCUCGGCACUCGCCCAAGGCGACUGCUGUCCAUGGGCGCGGCCGUUCGCGCUCGUCGUCGCGAAUCCCGGCACCACGCUCUCGUGCACCGCCACUCUCGAGCCCAUCGUCGCGGUCACCAACACCCAGCUCACCGCCGGCUUCAAUACUCUCCGAGCCCAUUGCCUCGCCAGUCUCUGAACGCCUGCCGACGCCGCCCGAGCCCGAGCCCGAGCCCGAGCCGCUGCUGCACCUGCCGUCGUCCAGGCCGGGAGGCUGGGCACCCGAAGCCGUCACGUCUGCCCUUGGUGCGGUGGUAGACUCGCUGACAACGUCAAUGGAGACGCUGGAGCGCCAGUCCCAGGAAGCUCUGGAUCUGCUUGGGUCGCGUGUCGAGAGUGCGGCCAAGGCCGUGGAGCAAGUCGCCGGUGAGCUCGCACGAGCUGCCCUCGCACGGGCCGCCGAGGAGCGGGCUGCUGCAGCCGCUGCUGUCGGGUCGGCGCCGCCGGCGCGCGGGCCGAGCGAAGCGGCCAUGGCUGCGGCCGCCGAGACAGCACCGUCGGUGGUCCAGAACGCGCACACGGCGCUGGCUGCCGGCCAUGUCGACCGGGCGCUCUCACUGCUGCUCGAGGGCGGCGCCGCACACACGACGCAGCUCUUCCACAUGCUCGCGGACAUUGGACCUGUUGUCCGCGACGUGCGCCCUCACACUCUCGAGGGUGUACUCACGGCGCUUGUGGAAGACAUGGUCCACUCGCCCGAUCAUGUUCCGCUCGGCCUGGACUGGCUCGCCGCUGCUGCCGAUGCCAGCCUUGACCUCUAUCCAGCGCUUGUCUCGCGCGCAUGCGACGUGCUGGAGACGCUCGCCUCCGAGCCGACACCCCAGGGAACUCGCGCCGCCCGUCUCUUUGGCCUUCUCAUCACAAUGCUGAUGGACGACUGA